AUGUCGACCGGUGAUGGUCUCGACGGCACCGUGACUGAGCACACAGAUGAGAUGGGCAGUGUCAAGGGAAAUGAGGGGCGCUUUUCUGGUGGCAAGAAGAAACGUGAUAGUGGUAGAAGCACAAGAAAUGAUGUGAGCGAGAAGACCAAGGAAGCAGAGGUGACCGUCGGUAGGAACCGCGCAGACGGUGAAAGGGGUCAAACUCUCGACGAUGCCCUCCCAGUGGCCUGUCCGAUUCGACCGGUGGCGCCAACGACAAAGUCUUCACCAAGAGCGCCAAGCCACAGACAGCACACUCGCACUAUUCCAAAUACAUGCGCUCCUACGCAGCACUCUAAGCAGCCAGCAAAUUCCACGAUGUCCAGCUCUGCGCCAGAUACGCUCGGAUGCAUGACCAUACCUGAUCAACAACCAAACGGCGGAAAGAAGCUCUCUCCUGCUCCUGCACAUUCUCACGCCCCUAACGGCACGAAGUCUUCCUCACUCCAAGAGAUCAUCACAAACAACCCCAUCUCACUGAAUGUCUCCGCCACAGUUCAAGCUUCCACCACUGUCGAAACCGCACGCCACCAGGUUGAGGCUCCCCAAGCCGACACACAAGACCUUCCCGGCAGUGCACUAUCUGGGACCAUGGGUCCCGCUCCACGUACGCCAACUGUAACCUCGUCGGAUGCUCAUGUAUACACGCCAAGAGACGGUGGUGCUUCACUAGCACACGCCCUCGUGGGUGAAAUGACCUCUCUGUCACUCCAGGGGACGAGUAAGCAACUUCCACCAGCGAGAGUUACGCUAAAUCCGACCUAUGUGCACCCUCACCGCCGCCAGAAAAGACAGGACGAGGUUGUCUUUCAGCCGCGAGGCACGACGAGCCAACGCACCGCACCAAAGCUACAACCCAAAGCCUUGCCGUUUCAUCCUUCGAUUCAGGCAGAGUGCGCAAGUGGGCUUCCGACGACCUCUUCAUCAGCUAAAACCGAAAAGCUACCUAAGGAACCCUCCAAAACCCGACCAAACACCACAGGGAAUGGUAUCAGACAGUCCGCACAAAAUGCAUUACAACCACCUCAGCCACGAGAGAAGAGCAACGUACCAUCAAGACGCACUACCGAUCACUCACGCAGUAAGAAAAAAAGCGGUCAAGCAACUCGGCCUGCGGCAUCUCUCGUUCCCUACACUUCGCACGAAGCACCACAUGUUCCGGCGCAGAACUUUGGCAUAUUCCUCCCUAUUGGCCUGCCGGCCACCUCUGACAACCUAAGCAUUGAUAGAGAUCGGGAAUUAACAAACGGUGCAGCUAGAUAUGGAGACUUCAACCACGUCCUGUUCAACAAAACCUAUCUGCCAAAAGCUCGGCCAAGUUUGCCACCAAGACCCAUACCCACCGUACCGGAUUCUCGUCAUCCUAGUCCCACCGAAGCUUACCUCAAGCAAGCCGAUCUACCAGUUCAACCUCACAUAGGCUCACCACGACGUUUGCUUGUAGUCUUGGAUCUCAAUGGCACGGUUUGCUACCGUAAGAAAAGCAAAGGCGGCAUCUGGUCCUUCACACCACGGCCAGGCGUAACGGAAUUCCUGGACUACCUCCUUCAAAACCACAAAGUCCUCGUUUGGUCAUCUGCUCGCCCAGAAAAUGUUGCCGGCGUAUGCUCACAGCUCUUCGAUGAAGAGCAACUUCUCCAGCUCGUUAGCGUCUGGGGCCGCGAUACUCUUCACCUAAGCGCACAGGAGUAUAACGAAAAGGUCCAAGUGUACAAACAGCUCUCCUGGGUCUGGGAUGACUCGGUCGUUGCCGCAUCGUCGAUUGGCAAUGACAGAUGGGCACAACACAAUACCGUCUUGAUCGACGACAGCGAACGGAAGGCCGUGAGCGAACCUCACAAUCUCAUUCAGAUUGAGGAGUUCGAAGGCAUGACGAAAGGGACGAAAUUGGACGUAUUGGAGCAGAUAGUGGAGUAUCUGGAGGUGCUGAGGAUGACUAGGGAGGUGAGCGCUGUGAUCAAAAAGCGUCCGUAUGUAUAUCGGACGAACCGCGUAGAGUAA